CAGAAGCAAAAAACCUUACGGAAGAUUUUUAUGCAGAUGAUGAUGGCGGGAGUGAAGAAGCAGGACCCGGCGAUCAAGCAGGCGGUCGUGCGAAGGGUCGUGGAUGCGUGCAAGAAGGUGCGGUACUUAUGCAUUGCAAAAGCAUCGUACUAGUAUAAAUAGCAUCACAAAUUCCCUCAGCAUUAGAAAUGGAAUUUGUAAUGCGGAUUCCCCCAAAGAAAGGGAUUUGUAAUGCAUGACAGCGAUUAGUACGAGUACGAUGCUUUUGCACAGGAUAGUACUGUCCCCACUGCAACGAAUACAACGGAAGCGUGAAGAGGUCCGGCGGGAUUCCGCUGGCUUUUAAACACGAAAGGUUCGGCUCUGCGAAGAACCUGGUCAUAGGCGCCGGGGGUGCAGGACCCAGCAGUGGAGGUAGUGCCGCAGCUGCAGCUUCGGGAGGAAAACUUCUAUCCUCCGCAGUAAACGAAAACUCAGCGGCGUUAGCGCUGCACUCCGGGGGGUCCGCGCUCCAAGCGGCGCAGACGGCCGCCGGCGGGGUUCCGGAGGACAAUUUCAUUUUGGCGGAGUCCGUGC